GAAUGGUAUUACCCCAGCGCGACCACGCUAUCCAUCUCUUUAGGCUGUGGGAGUUCGGCGUGUUGCUUGUUCGUUGUGAGGAAGUACCGUGUUUUCAGGUUCAGUAAUUUUUUUAUCAGCCUUAAUUUCGGGUGUCUUUUAUGAAUAAUCAAAAGCAGCAGAAGCCAACGCUAACAGGCCAGCGUUUUAAAACUAGGAAAAGAGAUGAAAAGGAGAGAUUUGACCCUUCUCAGUUUCAGGAAAGUAUUGUCCAAGGUCUGAAUCAAACUGGCACUGAUUUGGAAGCAGUAGCUAAAUUUCUUGACGCAUCAGGUGCAAAACUCGAUUACCGCCGCUAUGCAGAAACCCUCUUUGAUAUCCUGGUGGCCGGUGGGAUGCUGGCUCCAGGUGGUAGUUUGUCCGAUGACAUGACACGCACUGAAUACUGUGUGUUUACCGCACAGGAGGAUCUUGAGACCAUGCAGGCAUAUGCUCAGGUUUUUAACAAGCUAAUCAGGCGUUACAAAUACUUGGAGAAAGGAUUUGAGGAAGAAGUCAAAAAGUUGCUGCUGUUUUUGAAGGGUUUUACUGAGUCUGAGCGCAACAAGUUGGCGAUGUUGACUGGCAUUCUCCUUGGGAAUGGAAACUUGUCUGCAUCCAUUCUGUGCAGUUUGUUUAAUGAAAAUCUGGUUAAAGAAGGUGUGUCAGCAGCAUUUGCUGUAAAACUGUUCAAGUCUUGGAUCAAUGAGAAGGACAUAAACUCUGUUGCUGGCAGCCUUAGAAAAGUUGGCAUGGACAAUAGACUAAUGGAAUUGUUUCCUGCUAAUAAGCGAAGCUGUGAACACUUCUCAAAGUAUUUCACAGAUGCUGGUUUAAAGGAGUUGUCUGAUUUUGCCCGUAACCAGCAGUCAAUAGGUGCUCGAAAAGAACUUCAGAAAGAGCUUCAAGAACAGAUGUCCCGUGGGGAUUCAUUUAAAGAUAUAAUUGCUUACUGCAAGGAAGAGAUGAAGAAAGCAAGUCUUUCUGAACAGACGAUGAUUGGAAUUGUCUGGACAAGUGUAAUGAGUGCUGUAGAGUGGAAUAAAAAAGAAGAGUUGGUAACUGAACAAGCCAUCAAACACUUGAAGCAAUAUAGUCCACUUCUUAAAGCCUUCUCUUCUCAAGGCCUCUCAGAGUUGACUCUGCUGCUGAAAAUUCAGGAGUACUGCUAUGAUAACAUUCAUUUCAUGAAAGCCUUUCAGAAAAUUGUGGUGCUUCUUUACAAAGCUGAUGUUCUGAGUGAAGAAGCAAUUCUUAAAUGGUACACAGAAGCCCAUAUUGCUAAAGGAAAAAGUGUAUUCCUUGAGCAAAUGAAAAAAUUUGUGGAAUGGCUGAAAAAUGCAGAAGAAGAAUCAGAAUCUGACACUGAAGACGGUGACUGAAACAUGCCAACACUUAGCACCAGGAGUUGUAGAAUGUUUUGUUACAGAAGUGCUUGUUUUUUCCUUUUUCUUUCCUAUUCUACCUCCUGUUAAGUAAUGUUUAGCUGUAAUUUAAGGGCUUUAACAGGUUCAUUUUAACUCCUUUUUCUAUGUAAUAAAGUUUACACAUCACAUAGCAUCUUGUGAAUCCAUUGUUGUAAACUAAAAUAGCAUUCUUUUGAUUUGGAAAGUCUUGGAAAACAAUGUCCAGUUUCUACUAAAUUACAAAGUUUUCCUGCCCAGUCCCUUUGUAAAUUCAGUAUUUUUUUCUAACUUUGACACACCUGGUGUGGAAGUGUCUAAGUUUAGUGAUGGUAUGGUCAUGCAUUUUAAUUGCAUAAACAAUCUGUAAAAUGCUGCAGAUUUCAAGUUCCUUCUGUAUAGAAAAGAAUGUGUGUGGUUUUCCAGGUGCAAAUGAGAAUUUUUUUUGCCUCUAUAAAUCUAGAUGGGAAAGAAAAGUAAGCUGUAAGGUACAUCUUGGCAAAUUUUAUUGUGCAGUCAAAUCUAUAAUAUGUCUAGAAUGGAGAGAGGCUAAGGUGACCUAGCCUAGUUACACAUUUUAAAGACUAUGGAUUAUAUAUAAUAUUAUAUAUAUAAACCUGAACCCCCUUGACAAUUUUUUUUUAAACUUUUGAUUAUAUGAAACUCGAGCAUCUAUCAGCCUAUAUUAGCAAGUUCUUUUUAGUAAUUUUUUUCCCCACUUUCACUGAGCAGAAAUGGAGGGAGCUGUGUGUGUGUGCAACCAUGUUUCUGGAGAGCAAUGUUGGUUAAGUAAUAGGCAAAUGUGCACCAUUGAGGUUGCACAGUUAUGUCCUGCUGACUGACAAAAGGUAGCUGCUACAGAGGAGACAGAUGAACAAUAUAUUAUCUGUUAAGCAUCUUUUUCUCUCUCUCUCUCUCUCUCUCUGACCUUUUAAUUGGGAUUUUCUGUGCCUUUCUCAUACUUAUGCAAAGAAAGUAAAACCUUCCUACAGUCCAAUGUGGCUGACACAAAUUUACCAGUCCUCUAUGAAGGGUUGACAAGGCAGGAUAAUUCCACUUAAGUGUUUAUGCUGAAGAAAUCGUUCAAUAUUCUUUUUAGUUGUGAAAUUUAGCAGACUGACUCUCCAGGUCCAUGGCUGCAAACAACUGGACAAACCAGUUUGUGCUAAUUGUAACAGCUUUGAUUUGAAAUUGCCAGUGAGUCUAUGAAGCCUAAAUUGUGUAGCUUUAUAAAACACCCCUAAUUUUAAUAAAAGUAUAAAACACU